AAUUAAUGGCACCGUCGCAACAGAGUUGAGAUGUGGCAACAGCGACAUUGUUGUGACUUAGAAUGGCGCGUAAAGUUGUCUGCUGGUGGUGAUCAGUUUACGUUCUGUUUACAAGAAAAUAAAGCAGCAGACAGCUUGGCCAUCAUGAGUGAGUUUAAGAUUCAUCACCAUGUUAGUGAACUGUUUGCUCUUCUUGGAAUCAGAGCAGAUGCUGCUGAGAGAUAUACAGAAACUUUAAGUGAAUCUGUUGAGCGGUUCAUCAACACACAAGUGUCAGCAUCAAGUGCAGUGAGGAUCCUGGCUGAGAAUGCCCCUAAUCCACAAGCUUUCCUUAAUAAAUAUGACGAACUCAAGAGCCGCAACGUUCGAGACUUGGACCCAUUGGUAGUGUUCCUGAGUGGUCUGGUGGAGGACGAAACUGUUAGAAAAGCAGUAGAAGGCAGCUCCAAGUUGAGACUACAGGAAGAGGGCAUGACACUCACCACCGUCCCCUCAAUUGUCUCCGAUAUUGAACAUGCUGCUGAGACAAAACUCUCCAAAGAUCAGCUCAAUGAGCUCCGAGAUCGAUUGCUGAGGGAAUCCCAGGUCAUGCACGCCCCUAGUGAAGCUCUGCGCAGUGUGGAAAGAGGCGAGAAGAGAACUGUGCGUCUGGGACCUCCAACACCAACUUGGCUAGACAACAGACCUUAUCUUUCACUAGAUUUUGUCAAGUUGGAGCAUCGGCAAGCGAUAGGGGCACUGGGAGAUGUAGCAUCAACAUCACAGGAGCACCAGCUGAUUGAAGAUGUGUUGAGUGUGAUGAUGGGGGUUGAAGGAAUGUACAUCACAGUACAACCACCAGCCAAGCAUUAUGAUGCCCCAGAGUUCACAGUUGAUCCUUCUGUAGAACCUUCUCUGAGUACACUGGUGAGUCGCAUUUUGCCUUUGUGUGGUUACUACUCUCAGCUUAUAAGAUUUGUGGAAAACAAGAGCUGUUAUCAUCACGGCCUGGUGAAUCAGGCUCUGUCUGCAGCUAUAACCAACCUCAUCAAAGAUUAUAUGCUGCUGGUAACACAGCUGGAGGAGCAGCACCAGCACUGGGCCCUCACUCUACACAAGCUUUAUUUCUAUGUGGAGAAGACUAUGGCUGUCAUGGAUAUGCUGGCUUGUGUUACCAGAGUCAUUAGUAAGUCUGAGGCUCACGGAGGUGCAGUUCUAAGCAUCCUACAUGACCGCACUGUCAGUCUCACAGGGUGCGGACAACUGCAGCAUGUUAUGGUGUUUCUGACACAAUCUGCAGCUGUCCCGUACAUGAACAUGCUGGCCAAGUGGCUCUACAGAGGGAUCAUAAAUGAUCCUUAUAAUGAGUUCAUGGUUGUGGAUAGAGAGAGCGGUAACGAAGAGAACGAGGAUGAGGAUCUGGCUGACGAUUACUGGGAGAAGCGGUACUCAACUAUCCCUCACAACAUUCCCACAUUCCUCCAGGCACAUGCUAACGUCAUCCUUCGUACUGGCAAAUACCUUAAUGUUAUCAGACAGUCUGACCGUAGUGUGGUGUGCCCCGACCAAGAGGAACUUGUAUACAGUGUGCGUGGUUGUUCGUACGCUGAGGUAAUAGAGCGAACAUACAACUUUGCCUCCAAGAGACUGCUGGAGUUGUUAAUGAAGGAAAAGGACCUCAUGGGCAGAUUAAGAUCAGUGAAGCAUUAUUUCUUACUUGACCAAGGAGAUUUUGUGGUCCAACUUAUGAGCUUAUGUGAGGAUGAACUGAGUAAAAACAUUGAUGAUGUUGUGCCCACAAGACUAGAAUCCUUGCUGGAGUUGGCACUGAGAACAUCAACAGCCAAUUAUGACCUGUACAAAGAUGACAUUGAGUGUGACCUUCAGCCCAUAACCCUCAUGAACCAAAUGCUGAGGAUUCUAAGCAUUGAAACGGAGGACGAGCGGGACUAUUACCCACAAGAUGAGCGGCUGCAGUUGACUGGCCUUCAAGGGUUCUCACUUGGCUAUCGAGUAACGUGGCCAGUGUCGUUGGUGCUGGACCGUAAAACUAUAGCUUGUUACCAGAUGAUCUUCAGACAUCUCUUUUACUGCAAACAUGUUGAGAAAUUACUCUGCAGAGUGUGGGUCAGUAAUAAGGUGGCCAAGAGCUUCCCACUGUCAGCCUCCCGCACCUACACUGCAGCUUUUGCUCUGAGGCAGCGGAUGCUCAACUUCAUUCAAAAUAUUGAGUACUAUAUGAUGUUUGAGGUGAUAGAGCGCAACUGGCAGACUUUCAUAAAUAAAAUGCAGAAGGUGGAGAAUGUAGACGAAGUUUUAGCAUUCCAUAAUGACUUCCUGAGUGGUUGCCUGAAGGAUUGUAUGCUCACCUCACCAGAGCUCCUCCGCAUGAUAUCCAAACUCACCUCAAUAUGUGUCAGCUUUGCCAAUUUUAUAGAGAGAAUGAGAAAGUACUACUUGGAGGCAGAACUAUGGAUGUCUGAUGAAAGAAGAGACUCGAUAGAUCGUGAGGAGUCCCCUGAGCCGGCAGCUACAACCCACGAAGACAGCCAGAGCUUUGAGCAAACAAUAUCAAGGUUUGAGCUGCAGUUCUCAGGCAUGAUCUACACACUCAUGGAAAGAAUCUCAGAGAUGGGUCGGGACAACUACAAUGAUGCUCUGGUCAACGUGAUCUACAGAUUGGACUUCAACAUGUACUAUGCCAAGAAGCAUGAGCAUCUCAGGAUGGCCACAUCUCCUGAAGCAUCACUUGAAUAUAACAGUGGACCUGUGUCUGCUGAAUAUGACAGCCAGCACACCUAGCUUUAUAUUUAUCCAUAACUCGCAUCAUUAUUGGAUAUUUUAAAAUACUUGCAGCUUAUGUCAUAAUUUGAAAUACUACCGGCACAAGGGGAUCAUUAUGGUUCAGAAACAACAUACUGUACUGCACUUGAACUUAUGAAGCCUGGGACAUUCAUAGAGUGAGGUAUAGGUUAGAAGAGUAAAGAAUAUAUCAAAUUUCAUAUUUAAGAUCAAGAUCAAGCUUAUUAUUCUUUUCUGGGAAGUACCAAUGCAUUUGAUGAAACGUGGGUUGUGUGUCUGCCAGGAGAAGCUAGUUUAUCUUCAUUAAUAGUUUGUAUCACACAUCCUAGAAUAUUGGUUAGUUAAUAAUUGUGUUGUUUGAUUUGAGUUUUCAAAAUAAAAGUGGGUACAAAGUAUUUUGCAGGCACAGAAGGUUAAUAUUUGGUUUAAAUGUUAGAUGGGAUUUUUCAGUAAUAUGAAAGAUGUAAAAGAAAUUGUACAACAGAUGGAAAGGCUCCUGGAUGUUUCAACACUGGAGAGGUUCUGUUCAGCCAAUAAAAGUUGCCAAAUUAA